AGAUGUUUCUCAUAUUCUCUAAACAAAAAAUUAUAUAUAUAGUGCGAGAAAAAGUAAAUACAUUUAUAGUUAUUUUACAGGCUUAACACUUUUCACUAUGCAGUUAUGUGCUUGAUAACGUGGAUUAGUAUUACGUUUACAUCCUUGAUGACGAAUUUUGGCGAAAGAAAAUUGACGUUCAGAGCGUGGGUGCCGUUUGAAUAUUCAUCUAUGACCUUAUAUUGUCUGUUAUACAUUCAUCAACUGAUAGGUUUGAUUGUGGGUGCUUUGCUGAACGCCGCUUGCGACGGUCUCAUCUGUGGAAUGAUGGUACACAUUUGCAGUCAGUUUGAAAUCUUGACGUAUCGUUUGAACAGAAUCAUGCUUUAUUCAGAUGAUCUUCGCAAUUGCGUGCAACAACAUUGUAGAAUUUUUAGACUUGCUUUUCUUGUAAAUGCAAAGUUCAGAAUAAUUAUUACUAUUCAAUUUUUGAUGAGUAUGUUUGAGAUAUGUUUCAAUCUCUAUCAAAUAACUCUAUCGAAGCUAGAUGGACGGUGUAUUCGACUAGUAUUAUUCAUGAGUUGCAUGCUAGUAGAAGUUUUCGUUUACUGUUGGUACGGCAACGAAGUUAAAUUAAAGAGUCUUCAAUUUGUCGAUAAAAUUUUCGAGAUGGAAUGGUUGACUAUGGACAAAAAUUUGAAAAGAUGUUUAAUAAUAAUGAUGGCACGUACAAUAGUGCCUAUUGAAAUUACCAGCGCCUACAUUAUCUCUAUGGAUCUUGAUUCAUUUGUAAGUGUACUUAAAACAUCAUAUUCGGCUUAUAACUUACUUCAACAAAUGAAUGAGUGA